CUCGAGUCGCUUGGGGGGUGGGGGGUAUCAUAAGGAUGUGGGUGGGGUCGCUUUCAGACGCAGCCAGACGGUGAUGUGCACGCUACGGCAAACGGGAAAGUCCUAAAGAAGUGGAAUCGAACGCGUCUGGACGCGCGCGGAGCUCCUGCAAACCGGCGCGCGCGCGGAGAGCAGAGAAGAGGAGAGGGAGGGCGUGCACAGCGUGAAGAGUGGGGUUUGUCCGUGCGUCUUCCUCAGUCGGGCCUUAUUCCAGAGCUGGUCACUAUGGCGUGGCCGUGCAUCACGCGCGCUUGCUGCAUCAACCGCUUCUGGACCGAGCUGGACAAAGCGGACAUCGCGGUGCCUUUGGUUUUCACCAAAUACUCCGACGCUGCCGAGGUGCACCACCUGCCCCAUCACCCGCAGCCCAAGCAGAGGGUCGUCGGGACCAUCGCCAUAGAAACCCAGCCGCAUCCGGAGCAGCAGGAGGCGGCGAGGGCGCCGCCCGCCGCCGGUGCCGCAGCGGGGAGAACCGGCGCGUCCGUCAUGCGCCAAGACUUCAAGGCGUGGAGAGUGCGCCCCGAGCCCAGCUGCAAGCCCCGGAACGAGUACCAGCCCCCGCCGGCCCCGUUUAACAACGAAACUCAGUACCAAAAGGAUUACAAGCCAUGGCCCAUCCCCAAGAAGCACGACCACCCGUGGAUCCCCAAACCCAGCCCCGGCGCCAAGAAGGAGCACGCGGCCGCGGAGGCCGACACCGGCGUGGAGAAGAGCGAGAUCGAGGAGAAGAUGCAGGAGAAGGAGUUGAAGGAUGUGGCGAAGAGGGAGAGGUCUGUGGAGAGGAGGACGGCCGACAAAGCGGGGCCGCAGGUGUCUGCAAAGGCGAGCGCAGAGCUGCGGAAGAGCAGAGCAGCCGCAGACGCAGUCAACAGACAGAUCAAGGAGGUCAUGUCCACUUCCAGCUGUUACAGGACUGAGUUCAAGGCGUACAAAGACGUGAAGCCAGUGAAGCCUAUCAAAGCUCCGUCUCAGUAUAAGCCGCCCAUGGAGGAGACCAGUCUGGAGACCAGCUACAGUGCCACGUUCAAGGGGGAGCAGGUGAAGGCGAAGGAGUCAGACAACAAGCUGCUGGAGCGCAGGAGGAUACGCAGUCUGUACAGCGAGCCAGGAAAGGAGCCCACCAAGGUGGAUAAACCAGAGACACGCAUUAAACCUAAAAAGCCACCAACAACAACAGGGAAGAUGCUAAAGAAAGCUAAAGAGAAGCAGAUUGCUAGCUCCCAGUCGACGAAGAAGAAACCUUCUGCGGGCCCAUCAGAACCCGAUGGAGCUGUGACGAAGAAAAGCAAAGAGAUCAGCAACAGACUGGCUGAAGCGAAGCAGUAGAACGGGUUCACCUGUAGACUGUAGACAGGCUAUAAAAUAGGCAAAUCUCUUGACUUUGGUUUACCUCUUUACCUGUUGUCUGUCAUCCAUAGUUCACCUUUGAUUGGCCACUAAUGUCUAGCUUUUAGAAUGAUGCAAACAGUUUCACUUUAAACAGCGUGUGUGGUGAAAGUAAAUGAUUCUUUUGUACUUUGAUGGAUAAAACAGCUUUAUAUUAUUGCGCACAUAUUUUGCACAUCAUUUUUUUUUAUUUCACAUUAAAGUUACGAAGGAGCUGUCAGAAUGCAUGUGUAUGAAAGCGCAUUUCUACUUUUGUCUGAUUGGAGGACGAUUGAGAUUUUGGAUGAUUGUUAAAAAAAAUCAGAUGAAAAAGAUACUUUUUUCUCUGAGGCUGUAUCACAUGGAGGUCCUGGUGAGAGUGCAAACUCAGUUUUAUGGUUUUUCUAAUUACAGUGCCUCUGCUGUACGGUCCUGGUUUUCAUUGCAUUGUUCUGGAUGGUAUCUGGUUUCAUCAAUUUGGUUGCUAAGAAACCAAAUUAACCAUAAUGUAAUUGCUACAGCUUGCAUGCCAGACCUUGUUUUUCGUUGAGCAGCCAGCAUUUUAGCCGACUGUAUGGCACAGUCUCAUUCUAGCUUGUAAAUGAAGCCAUUAAAAAGCAAAGGAGUAGGACAAAGACCUGUUCAGAUAACUGCAUGUGUAGGAAUAGAUUCAGAUCACCCCAAAAGCUGUACACGAUAAAGUCAUAGUCUAGUGGCUGCUGAAGCUGUAAGAUGAACACACCUACAAAAUGGUUUCACUAACAAAUGUCUCUACUUAAGGUUCAUCGUGCUCCAUCCUCUUUAAGGUUAUUUAUUAUAAAAGGAAGGGGAAAAAAUAAGCCUAAACAUUUGAGAAUUUGCUGUACUGAUAAUGUUUCUUCUGAAGGGGAUGAUCAUUCCAGGUUUUGAAGUGUAUAGGAGAAGCCAGGACUCAGCUCUAUCAACUGCUGCUGUCUGAAACUGUGCAUUCCUAUUGUAAACGGCUAAAACAGUUGUUGUGGUUACCUCUGCGGUCAGCGUCGGCCAAAGUGUGUGCGGGACUUCGUUGAGCUCAAACCACCGUGAUCCUGGUUUAAGUUUCUGCUUCUCUUUGUGUGUCUGUGUGUGUGUGAGUGUGUGAUUGUGUGUUAGCCUGCUGCCUACUCGUACCAACUCGAACCUAACCACUACAAGUGCCGCUAUGCACUCCCAACACCUUGGUGCUAUCCUUCUCAUUCUAUAUGCUGUCUGACUUGACCUGUGUGUGGCAUCACGCCAGGACGGAGGAUGAAACACCGCUGCAGACAUGUUGUGAAUUUUGUGCUUGUAUUCUCAGCUUGCUUUGAAAGAACUGAUUAAAUCUGAUGCUACAGAA